UCCAUUUCCUUUCUCUUUUCGUGUUUCUUUCUUAGCCGGUCAUCUCAGCUGAAGUCCAAAGAUACUACAGACAAGCUGUUGACUAUUUGAUCCUAGGUCUUGCAGGAGUUUGGUUAGGGAUACUUGCUAAAUCAUCAAACGACUCGAAUCUAGGAGCUACUGGUUACACAUACACAAUUAUAGCUGUUUGUAAGUUGGAGAUGGCUCACCUUUCGUUACGCAUACUCGAUUGUUUGUAAAAACUCUCUCUUCUAACCUUUGUUUACCACGCCAUGGAGACAUCAACGCGCCUUCUGUGGAGCACCAGCUUCUUCCGCCACAAGUUCUUCUCCCUCUUCAUUUUCUCCUGCUAAGCCGAUCGACAGAUCCCCUUCGAUCUAUCCAACUAGGUUGGGAUCCAAGGGAGGGAGAAAUCAGACGCGUAGUAUUUUUUUUUUUCUAGUCGUAUUUGUUCAAUUCAGAUCCGAUCUGUUGAUCAUUUAGGAUCUAAGAAGAGAGGAUGGAUUCUAGUCCCCAUCUGAUAUUUGAUUCCUCUUUGUCGUCCACUCGCGCACGGCUACUCGUGUUGGGCGAUGGGAACUCCAUCUUCCGAGGGUUGAGGUCGGCGGAGGAGCAUGGCGCCACCAAGAGGCUAUUCUUCACAUCACCGGAUGAGAUUUACGAGGAGGAAUACUACGAGGAGCAGCUACCGGAGAAGAAGCGCCGCCUAACGCCAGAUCAGGUAAAUUUAUUGGAACGUAGAUUUGAGGAGGAGAACACGUUGGAGCCGGAGCGAAAGAGUGAACUGGCUCGAAAGCUAGGCAUGCAACCGAGGCAAGUUGUAGUGUGGUUCCAGAACCAGUGUGCAAGGUGGAAGAACAAGCAACUUGAGCAGGAUUUUGAUCGGCUCAAGUCCUCAUAUGAGUCACUCCUUGCUGAUCAUGCUGCCCUCUUCAAGGACAACGAGGGAUUGCGGUUGGAGGUAAUUCCCCUCUUUCUCCUCAGAUCCAUAAAGUCUCUCCCAAUUUUGCAAGUUGGACUAUGAGUGCCUUAUUUGUUAAUUUGAUACAGCUUUAU